GAAACUCUCACUUUUGUGUUUCGUGCACUCUCUAUCUCACAAGACACAUUAAUAUAUUAUAUAUAGACAGAUAGAUACAAUAUAUGUGUGUUAGUUCCUUUUGGUUGAUAUAAAAGAAGAGAAGAAGAAGAAAGAUAGCACAAAAAAGCUUAUCACAUCUAAAAUCACUUUGAAGAAUAUGAAGCUAAUUAAAGUCACCUUCUUGCUUUGUGCACUAGCCAUUUUAUUGCUUCUAACUCCAACUUCAUCUCUACAAAUCAACCCUCUCUACUCAUCUCCUAGCCAAGGUUUAAGGGAAGAGACCAUUAUUAAAACGGUGUCGCGGAAGCUAAUGAUCAUCUCUAGUGAACAUGACAAUGUGAUGACAUCAACAGUUCAUGAAGGUUCAAGCGAACAACUUCGAGUCACCUCAUCAGGAAAAUCUAAGGAUGAAGAGAAGAAAGUAUUAAGUGAAGAAGAAGAAGAAGAGAAGAAGGCUCUAUCGAAAUAUCUAUCGAUGGAUUAUCGUACGUUUAGAAGAAGACGGCCAGUUCACAACAAGUCUUUACCUCUAAGUCCAUGAAAACAUUAUAUUGUUUCAAAAUAACUAAUAAAAAGGUUUUAGCUAGAUUAAUUAAUAUUUUGUUUGGAUGGUUAUUGGUUAAUUGGUUAUAGUAGUAACGUAGUUUAGUUUCUUUGGGAGCACUGAGGAAACAAGUUUUGGCGAUAUUAUUGUAAUUAACGGAACAUGUUCGUGUUGUUAUUUUUUAUUAUAUAGUUUUAAUUAAUCUUAAUGGCCGACAAUGAUGGAGCAAAACACUAAAACUCUGGUUUGGGGUUUGAGCUUAUUUGCUCUUCGUUUCACGCACUGUAACAUGGUGGUUGUA